AUGACACGGGGCCCGGUCCAGGUCAGCAUCGACCACGACCAAACCAAGGUCUUUGAGCGCUUGCGCGGCCUCGUCGACAAUGCGCUCCGUGAGCAACUCCGCUGGCUGGCGAUCCAGCCGCUCAUUGAGACUAUGCAGCAGAAGAGCGUCAGUGUCAUCUUCAGUGCAGGUACCUGCAGGCUGGUCUGCAUCGCCGUCAUUGCCCAGCGCUCCUCAUCCAAGCUUCUGAUCCUCUACAAUGCCAAAUGCAACAGCCAAGCUGUCAAAGAGGAACUCGAGACAUUUUGCUGCACAUCUGGCAUCAACCUUGUCCGCAGCGCCAAGCAGCACACCAUCGCCAAGAGGAUGACUGCAGGCUGCAGAAACAUCCACAGCAAAAGCGAGGAGAUUGUCUUGAGCAAGGGCCAUGCCUUUGCGCUCAAUGGCAAGUUUGCCUUCAGGACUGGCCAGAUCCAGCUGCAAUGCUGA